AAUUCUUUCCAAACAAUUACGCCAUCAACUGCUCUCUGUGAAUUUCUCCAAAGCUGGUUACGAUGAAAAGAUUAUCUGCCCAGGAAACAGCAGCAGCAGUAUCACCAGACAUGCACAACAACUCCCAAAGGAGUCGACGGAAGCCGAAAAUCCGAAUAAUCCACAUAUUUGCACCAGAGAUCAUCAAAACAGACGCUGCAAACUUCAGAGAACUUGUCCAAAGACUAACUGGAAACCCAAUUAAAUCUCAUCAUAACAUUUGCAGCACGAAGAAAAUUAGGUCAACAUCAAGAAGGGUUCCAACAAGACAGGAGCCAAGAAUCUUUGUCUCAGACAGGAAACGGGAAUUGGGUGUGAGGGAGAUGAGGAACAUAAAGGGAGAUGAUCAAGAAGAGGUUUGUGGGGGUGGGAAUACAGUUUUUGCAGAGUUUGAUGGUUUGAUGAAGGAGAUUGGUGAUCAUCAUGAUGAUGAGUUUCCAUUUAUGGAUCUACAACUGGUCUGAUGCACAACGUGCUUAAAUAUUAAUGAGACAACAUGCUGCAUGUGGAGGUUUAAUCAUAUUUUCUUCCUUCUUCUAAGUAUGUCAUCUUGUGCUUAAUUUGCUCUUAAUUAUUAGUUUAGUGAGUUUCUAAUUAUUGAUUCUACUUGUACUAAUACAUAUAUUGUUAUAUAUGAUCAAUUUUUCAAUUUAUAUCCUCAAUCUCAAA